AUGUCGGAUCCAUCCUCUUUUUAUUUCUUCAAGCCAGUUGAACCAGAACAGGAUGGUGCUCCAGAAUAUUUCAAUUAUAUUACUUCUCCAAUGUGUUUUUAUGUUAUUCAAGAAAAGCUUUCGAACAAACAAUACGAAAUUCCAGAAGAGUUUAUUGCUGAUGUUCAGCUAAUUUGGCACAAUGCGAAAUAUUACAAUGGGGAAACAAACCAUGUUUAUCAAGCAGCCGAGAAAUUAAGAAAACAGUUUGAACAACUGAGUUUAACACUUCCCAGAACUAUUUUACCAGAUGAAAAAACGUCUACACUGCAACUUUAUACAGAACUCAGAUUAAAGCGCUAUAGGCAAAACAAAAUUACUCACUUAUAA